AUGGAGAUGUAUCUGACAGUGCAGUUGCUCACAUAUCAUGGAGCAGCGGUCUUAUUGAUGGUGCGCAUCAUGACGAUUCACAUCAUUAUCUACCAGCAUCUGCGGUGGUAUACGUGUCCUUCGGAGCAGCGAUGGAUCGUUCGAAUACUUUUCAUUGUUCCAAUUUAUUCGUUUGAUUCGUGGCUGAGCUUGUUGUUUUUCGCCAACGAUGUGUACAUUUAUUUUAAUACCAUCAGAGACAUCUUUUGUCAUCUACAGCUUCCUCAUUUAUGUUCGUUUUUAAGACAGAUUGAACAAUACACUAGUUUUAGGCACAACUACUGGACAUGCACAUGCUGUCUGGCUGGAAAACAGUACACGAUUGAGUUUCUACGAUUCUGUAAACAAGCUACGCUUCAAUUCUGUUUCGUUAAACCCGUAAUGACACUGCUUACUCUGGUCUUAAUGCCACUUGGCCGAUAUCAGGACGGUAGCUGGAACGUCGAUGAAGGAUAUCUGUACAUAACGAUGAUUUAUAACAUAUCUAUCUCGUUGGCAUUGUACGGAUUCUUUUUAUUCUACCGGGCAACGAAAGAUCUGCUCAGUCCUUACAGUCCUGGUCUGAAGUUUCUAACUGUGAAGUCUGUUAUAUUCCUUUCGUUUUGGCAAGGCGUUCUUUUGGCUAUUCUUGGUGCUACCGGGGCAGUGGAACCCGUGAAGGACGGUGCAGGCAACGUUGUCAUCGGCACCGGUACGGUCGCAGCCGGCUAUCAAAAUUUCCUGAUCUGCAUUGAGAUGUUCAUCGCAGCCAUUGCUCUCCGUUUCGCUUUCUCCGUGUCGGUUUACGCGGAUGUCAACAGUAAUUCGUUCGGUAGUCGCCAGGUCGCGCUGCAAAGCAUCUCCAGCUCGUUAAAAGAAACGAUGAAUCCGCGGGACAUCAUGCAGGACGCAAUCCACAAUUUCCAUCCACAGUACCAACAGUACACGCAGGUGGGUGGUCUAUUAUUGUCCGCCUCAUUUCUGAACUUCGGCAGAAGACAACUGGAGUCUGGAACACACUCCUUCUGUAUAUUUGCAUCAGGUUAA